UGCAAUGUAUGGAAGUUUAAAAAGCACCUCUAACUUUAACAAAUUUCGCCCCUUGAUUCUUGCGGUGGAAGGGAGGUGAUUCUUUCCGCCGCCAUCUUUUGGGAACUGCCUUCGAAAGAGAGAAAGUUUGCUAACUCCUAUCUAGCAGCUAGCCAGCCUGUUGAGAUAGUUAGACUCGCCAGCUAGCUCGGCUUUACAUUUAUCUCCCGUUGGUAUGUUUCACUUCCACGGCAGGACAGGCUAUUCAGCGGGUUGACAAGAGCACCGGGAUGUUUAGAAAGUAAACAACUGAGGUUUGGAGUCACCGUGACAGCUCGACAGGCCAAUUAAUCUGUGCAGUUGUCAGAUAAAAUUGGCGAAUUAGCAUAUCGCUAGCUGCUAUCAUAGCUAGCGACUUCACACUCUUUGAUUUCUCCACACUGCACUGAGUCGACCGAGAUUUUUUUUUUUUUUUUUUUUUUUAGCAGCAGGCACUUUCCUCUGCCGUGCAAUUUUUGAGUGAUUGGUUUUAUCAGCCAUCUAUAUUCCACCUCUGAACCUCUCGGGAUUAUUUUGGAUUUGGGUGCCCAUGUGCUGGAUCCUCAGGCCCCUCCAUUCCUGCAGAUGAAUCGUCAGCUGCUCUGGCGUAGCUCUGCACCUAGAUAGUCCCGCCCCCCUCCCGUGGGUGAUAAGGGACUGCAUCAACCAGGAUGCCCUCUUCUGUACGGGCAGGCAGCCUGAAGAAUCCGGAGGUGGCUGAGCUGUUCUUCAAAGAAGAUCCAGAGAAGCUUUUCUCCGACCUCCGAGAGAUUGGACAUGGCAGCUUCGGCGCUGUCUACUUUGCACGGGAUGUGCGCACCAAUGAGGUGGUGGCCAUUAAGAAGAUGUCUUACAGUGGGAAACAGUCCAAUGAGAAAUGGCAGGACAUCAUAAAGGAGGUGAAGUUUCUCCAGAGGAUCCAGCACCCUAACAGUAUAGAAUACAAAGGUUGUUACCUCCGUGAACACACAGCAUGGCUGGUGAUGGAGUACUGCCUGGGCUCAGCAUCCGAUCUUCUAGAAGUUCACAAAAAACCCCUGCAAGAAAUGGAGAUUGCUGCAAUUACCCAUGGUGCUUUGCAGGGAUUGGCCUACCUUCAUUCCCACAACAUGAUCCACAGGGAUGUCAAGGCUGGUAACAUCCUGCUGACUGAGCCUGGCCAAGUCAAACUGGCAGACUUUGGCUCCGCCUCCAUUGCCUCACCUGCCAACUCCUUUGUGGGAACACCAUAUUGGAUGGCCCCAGAGGUGAUUCUGGCUAUGGAUGAGGGCCAGUAUGAUGGGAAAGUGGAUGUCUGGUCCUUAGGAAUCACCUGUAUAGAAUUAGCGGAGAGGAAGCCUCCCUUGUUUAACAUGAAUGCGAUGAGUGCCUUAUACCACAUAGCGCAGAAUGAGAGCCCCACACUGCAGUCCAGUGAAUGGACGGAUUACUUCAGAAACUUUGUCGACUCUUGCCUUCAGAAAAUCCCCCAGGAUAGACCGCACUCUGACGACAUGCUGGGUCAUGCGUUUCUGCAGCGUGAACGUCCAGAAUCUGUGCUCAUGGAUCUCAUCCUGAGGACCAAGGAUGCAGUGAGAGAGCUGGACAACCUGCAGUACCGCAAGAUGAAGAAGAUCCUCCUUCAGGAGGCUCACAACGGGCCCACAGCAGAAGCCCAGGAUGGAGAUGAGGUUUGUGAGCUGGAGCCAGGCGGUGGUCGGACAGGCACAGUGAACAGCGUGGGUAGUAACCAGUCCAUCCCCAGCAUGUCCAUCAGUGCCAGCUCCCAGAGCAGCUCUGUCAACAGCCUGAACGAAGCGGCCCAGGACAGCCGCAGUGAGCUGGACCUGAUGGAGGGAGACCACACAGUCAUGUCCAACAGCUCCGUCAUACAUGUCAAGCCGGAAGAAGAGGAGAGUUAUGCAGGGGACCAAGAAGCCAGCGGACAGCCAUCUGAGCCCCAGGCAGCCCCAGCUCAGGCCCCGAGGAAGCACUACCGCAACAGAGAGCACUUUGCCACCAUACGCACAGCGUCACUUGUGACCCGUGAGAUGCAGGAGCAUGAGCAGGACUCAGAGCUGCGGGAGCAAAUGUCAGGAUACAAACGCAUGAGACGGCAGCACCAGAAGCACCUGAUGGCUCUGGAGAACAAGCUGAAAGGCGAGAUGGACGAGCACCGGCUGAGGCUGGACAAAGAGCUGGAGAGCCAGAGAAACACCUUUACCCAAGAGAUUGAGAAGCUACUUAAAAAACACCAGGCGGCCAUGGAUAAAGACCUGAAGACAUUUGCCAACGAUGAGAAGAAGUUCCAGCAGCACAUCCAGGUACAGCAGAAGAAGGAGCUCAGUAGCUUCCUGGAGUCACAGAAACGCGAGUACAAACUGCGCAAGGAACAGCUGAAAGAGGAACUGAGUGAAAAUCAGUCAACCCCCAAGAAAGAAAAGCAGGAGUGGCUGUCUAAGCAGAAAGAAAACAUCCAGCACUUCCAGGCGGAAGAAGAGGCCAACCUGCUGAGAAGACAGAGGCAGUACCUUGAGCUGGAGUGCCGACGCUUCAAACGCAGGAUCCUUAUUGCCAGACACAACGUAGAGCAGGACCUGGCCAGAGAGGAGCUGAACAAGCGGCAGACACAGAAGGACCUGGAGCAUGCCAUGCUGCUGAGACACCACGAGUCAAUGCAGGAGCUGGAGUUUCGGCACCUGGGGACAAUCCAGAAGGCGCGGGCAGAGCUCAUCCGCACCCAGCACCAGACAGAGCUCACCAACCAGCUGGAAUACAACAAGAGGAGGGAGAGGGAGCUGAGGCGCAAACAUGUCAUGGAGGUCCGGCAGCAGCCCAAGAGCCUCAAGUCUAAGGAGCUUCAGAUUAAGAAGCAGUUCCAGGACACAUGUAAGACCCAGACAAGGCAGUACAAGGCCCUGAGGAACCACCUGCUGGAGACCACGCCCAAGUCCGACCACAAGGCCGUGCUCAAGAGGCUGAAGGAGGAACAGACCAGGAAAUUGGCCAUCCUGGCUGAGCAGUACGACCACUCCAUCAAUGAAAUGCUCUCCACGCAGGCUCUGCGGCUGGACGAGGCUCAGGAGGGCGAGUGCCAGGUUCUGAGGAUGCAGCUGCAGCAGGAGCUGGAGCUGCUCAACGCCUACCAGAGCAAGAUCAAGAUGCAAACAGACGCCCAACACGAUAAAGAAAGGAGGGAGCUAGAGCAGAGGGUGUCGCUGCGGAGGGCUCUGUUGGAGCAGAAAAUUGAGGAGGAGAUGGUCGCCCUGCAGAAUGAGCGUCUGGAGCGAAUCCGCUCGCUGCUGGAGCGCCAGGCCAGAGAGAUCGAGGCCUUUGACUCUGAGUCAAUGAGGCUUGGCUUCAGCAACAUGGUCCUCACUAACCUGGCGCCCGACUCACAGGGAGGCUGGGGGGGAGGUGCUGGUGGUGGAGGCCAGGGGGCUCAUGGGGGAGGUCACUGGCCUGGAGGAGGCGGAGGAAGCGGCCACCACAGUCACCACCACCAGGGGGGCUCCAGCUCUCAGCAACCCUGGGGUCACCCCAUGCUGGCCGGGGGCCCACCGCCCUGGAGCCUCCAUCACCCUGGAGGGGGGAGUCAGAGGGGGAGUGGGGGUGGCACGGGAGGGGUGAGGAACAGCCCGCAGGCUAUGAGGAGGACGUCAUCAGGGGGGAGGAGUGAACAGGGCAUGAGCAGGAGCGCCAGCAUCACCUCUCAGAUCUCCAAUGGAUCCCACCUGUCUUACACCUAGAACACACACACACACACACACACACACACACACACAUAUAUAUAAAGAAAAUACAAUUAUUUGUCUUACAUUUAAUUCUUCUGCACCAUGAUAACACUGUACACACACAUCAUGCAUGGACCCCACAUGCUUUACACACACUUAUCUCCCACAGGACAUCACAACACAAUGCACAGCGCUCAUACUGGUUCUGGGCGUUCCUCAGCCCAGUUCCUCUACCAUCAUGACUGCUAGCAGGGGACUGUGGAAACCCAAAAGCCUUAAGGCUAAACCAUCACGGCUAAGAGCCAAAAGGCCAUAGUGCAAUAGUGUCACAUCUUUUUAAUGUAGCCUGUAGUGCUAUUUUAUGUUUUUAUUUGCCAUACUAGUCACCGUUGCCAUAGACUCAGACUAGUGUAUCCAUAUUGUCUGACACCACAUGCAGUUUAUUAUGUUUUUAAUGCAGUAUGCAAUCUUACAAAAUUUUAUUGGGGUAAACCUGAUUUGCCAUCAGUAAUUGUGGUGUUAGAGCAUUAUGGGAAAAGGUUGUAUUCCUGGCACAAGUUGUAAUUCAGUAUUUGAAGAUUAGUUCUAGUGCCAAUUAUGAAAACAGAUAUCAAAAGCCCAGCAAGUAAUAUCCAUAAACCACUCACUUAAGCUUCAGAUUUUAGAGUUUUAGGAGAGACAAAAUGAGCUAACUGUCAAUGUGCAGUCGAAGGCGUUGAGAAAGGAAUGGUUAAGGUAGGGGUUUGAGUCUAGAGAAGGCUUGUUUUCGUAACAGUAACUGUCAUAUAGUUUUCGGAGGAAAAUAAAAGAAAGAGAACAUGUAAAGAUUGUUGUAAGUGAGUACUCUAGACGAGUACCUCUGGGUUUAUUAGUGCAGGGAUGCACAGCUGUGUGCCAUGGGGAGCCAAGAGUAUGUGCGUUUUUGUUUGCAGCCAAAGACUGCACCCGGUGAUCUUGAUGACUCACCUUCAACCAGAGAGGGAAUACUAACUGGAGAAAUCAGCGGGUGUAGUCUUUGGAAUGAAGACCUAAAUAUUCCUGGGAUUUCAUGUUGUUACAUAGUUGUCUAACUUUGGAGUAGCGUGUACAGAAUGUAACGUGUGUGGCUGCAAAGAUGCCAAAAGCGAGGCUUGUGAUUGUUUACGCCGACAUAUGGUUUCAGAGUCGGUGCCAGAAGUAUCCAUGGAAGUUAAGGUGUCAUAACUAUGUGACCAAUGAAGUGUAUGUUUUGUCGGAGUGGCUUUGCGUACGCUCGGCCUUAGUGGUUGAUUCUUGGUUUUCCACAAGCCCCUGCACUUCAUUAACACGAGCCCAUUCCCAGUGGAAGGCCAGUCUGAGGGAUGAUGUAGCCUUACUAGUUCACAGCCCUCACAAGAGGCACAGGUUUUCCACACUUAACCUGUACUUGAACGGUUUUAAACCUAACAUUCUUGUCUUCACCUGUUUGCAGUAAACCCUGAUCCUGAACCCUGAUUUGGCACUGUUUUGGGUUGGUGAAAGCUAUGCAGUAGAAAACUUUCUCUGACAAACAUUAUCACGCCUGUUAGCUUACCUCAAGAGCAUAGUCAAGUAGAAACGCUCCACCAGAAGGUGCCGUGACUUGAGAAUGAAUUGCACUUUGGCACAGGCCAACACCCACACUAAAAGCUAAUCUGACACACACAUAAACACACACACACACACACACACACACACACACACACACACACACACACUUUGAACAUUUCUCAAUUUUUAUUGUAUUCCCUCAGUACUGUCCCUUUCUACACUUGGCUGAUGAAUGCAUGUACCAAGACACAUUUUGUCAAAGUGUUGUUAAAAUGGAGGAGUGAAAAUGGGACAUAUAUGUGUAUAAACGAGGAGUUUUUGAAAAAAAAAAAAAAUAGCUAUACACUCGACAGUUGUUAGGCCAGUGUGCUGUAAAUGAAUAAUACACCCAGCAGCAGGCAACAAAGUGACACAUGGGUGUCAAAAUCUUGGCAGUUGGCGAAAAGCUGCCCUGUGUAUGAUCACAUUUAAAGGACAAGUAGUUCUUUUAGGGGAAAGAAUUCGAGUGAGUGAACACUGAGCGCAAGAAACACAGAGAUUAGCUUCACUAGACUGUGGGUGGUGUCUGACUGCUGAAAGUCUUGCUGGGUGGUGAUGCUGUGAUCUCCCCUGCCAUGCCCCUGCAACCUUCCCCAAUCUGACACCCCGCUCUGUCUCACCCCUGGCGACCCCAUCAUCCCGCUCCCCUCCGCCUCCUCCCCUCCUGCACCCGAUGUGGUGUUGACCCCACCCCAACCUCCUGGGAAGACCUCUUUAACCAGGUGAAAGAAAAGGAAACAAAAAAUACGAUAAAUAAAUCUAUAAAUCUAUAAAUAAUAAUAAUAAAAAAAGACUAUAGUAAAACAAAGAGAUAAAAGUGGAGGUUUUAUGGAGAGAUGUAGAGAUUAUGCAUUACAGGAGCAACGGUGGAAUGUACAGGAAACUGUUAAUAUUGUAUAUUUAGAAUUUGAAAAAAACAACAACUUGGAAAUCUAAUAAAUUGACAAAUCAAAGACAGAUUAACUGCUUGUGAUUUGAACACUGAUGCGGUGACACAGCGGUAUUCAAAUGAACCCCUUAGAUUUACAGGGGCUGAGUUUUCACUGUCAUACUUGCAACUGUGACUUAUGAAAUAUUUCAGGUAUCCUGUUGUAAAAGAUAGCAACUCAAGUCCAGGUCAGAUAAUCUUGAAUGAAUAGCAACAUUUUAUUUUGUUCCAAAUGAGGAUAAGUUUGCACAUAAUUUGAAAUGUAACUAUUUCAAGUAUUUUUAGCUUAUGAUUUAGCAUUGGACCAUUAUAAGAGAUCCAAUCUGUGCAAAAGUGAUAAUGACAUUGAAAGCACAUGAAUUAUCCUUAAAGUACUAAACUCUCCUCACCAAAAAACAGCAUAAGUUUCUGAAAUGUCUGAAUGCACAUUAGAUAUUUGGGGUACUCCUCAAUCCAAAAUUAGCUUCAAAACUGUUGCACACGAGACAGUGAAAAUAUAGCCAUUGUAUGAUUUCUAGAGAGGGUUACUGAUAGAUUUUGUUGAGGGCCACUGAAUUCUUUUUGCAUUUUUUUUUUUUUUUUUUAAUUUCUCUCAUAUGUGAAAAAUGUGCCCUCUUCUGUUCCACUUAACACUUUGCAUUUUCUCGUAGCAACUGAGUUGUUGUUGUUGUUGUUUUUUUUUAUCUCAUAACUCUACAUUCAGAACUCUUCCUCUUAAAUUCUUGUUUUUGUUGGCUUUGAGAAAGAGAGGAAAAGUCUUUUCCUAAAAUGAGGUGGUCCAACUUUACUCUUCAGCCAGUAUUCCAUUGCUCGGUCCCAAACCUUUUUAUAGUUUUUGUCCCCACCCCACCCCACCCCAUUUCUGUAGUGUUAUAUUUUCCUUUUUAUUCUGGAAAGGGUCAUUUUAUUUUCCAGUUGCUAUCUGUAGAGGGCCAGAUGAGUGGCAGUUUGGCUUAUCUUGUGUUUACUAUGUUUGGAGGCAGAGUCUAGCUUUAGACCUUGGUCACACAGAACUGGAUCAGUUGUUACUCUGAUUGCACAAGUGAUUGACCAGAUUGAGAGUCUACUGUGAUAACCCUUACCGCCGUGAGAGAUUGCUGCCAUUGGCUGAUAGUGGGUGGGGUUACGUCUCUGUACAGUCUGUUUAUCAGUAUUCAGUUUAUCUUUCCUGUCAUUGGUGGAUCUUGCUGUUUUAUUCUCCCUGGUCCAGAGACCUGUAUUAAACUGUAUUAAAUUGUAUAGAUUGUGCAAAAAGCUGAAUGUCAGAUUACUGAAGAUAAAAGCUAUUCCUUAUAGAACACAAAGUGAUUUAAAAUGUAUAAAAGAAAUUCAGAAACUAAGUUUAGGGGAUAAAUGUAAUAUUUUGUUUGUAAUUACUAUUUUUUGUUGGAAGAGGGCUACUGGAUAAAGAAUCAUCUGUAAUAAAGUAAUUUUAAUAUUU